AUGGGCUGCUUGCGUUUUGCGGCCACGCUCGUGCGCCUGGCAGACUUGGGCGCCGUGUUGAACUUGGCUCCGGUCGGCACGGGCGGUGUAGAGAUGUUGGUGGGGGUGGUGGCCAUGCCGAGCUGCGAGGACUGCUCGAACAUGUUCAUGUCGCCGUCGAUGUCGAAGUUGAACUCCUCUUUGGGGAACUGUGGGUGGAACUUGUCGAAGGAGAACGCCUGGAAGCGGGAUUUCGAUGUGAUGGACGAUUGGGACGGCGAGUACAUUGGGUUGGAGUUUGGCACGGAAUUGUGUCCGAGGAAGUCGUUAGAAGCGUCCGCGGUGGGGAUGUGGGAGAGGCUCGGGUGGUGGUUCAAGGAGGUUGGCACGGAAGUGGACACGGCGUCGAACCCGACAGGCGACGGCGACCGUUUCAAGUCAGGUCCCAUGGCAGUAGGAAACGAGCUGGCUCCAAUCUCGAGCGAGUCCGAGUUCAUAAACGUCUGCGAAAGCUUAGAGAACUGGGCUCCCAGAAUAGGAGACACCUCCUUCCGGGGAAAGGCUGGGCUUUGCUGGCUGCCUAUGGAUUUAAUGUGUUCAAUAUAG